GUUCGCCCGCCUUAUGGGAAUGCCUCUUCCUUGUUCCAAUCCCGCUACCACGAUCAACUUGCUUGGUUGAUUGACGAGGGGAUACCUUCUGUCACUCAGACUUGGCUUCUUGCCUUGGUCUGAAUUCUAUUCCCUUCAUUUCCCCCCCAUUCAGCUCCGUUGUGAUCAGACCGAGAAAACACCGCGCAUAAUCCAUAGAAUCCCCCAACUCCUAAACUGCGUGAGGAUCCGUCUCGUGUACUUACACGUUGACCUCCAACAUGUCGACUUCCUUGCCUCCUUUGGACCCUAUUACCAACGGGUCGGGGGACCGCGGUAAGAAGGUCGCUUACUUCUACGACUCGGACGUCGGAAACUAUGCCUAUGUGUCGGGUCACCCCAUGAAGCCUCAUCGCAUAAGGAUGACGCACAGUCUUGUCAUGAACUAUGGUCUCUACAAGAAGAUGGAAAUCUACCGUGCGAAACCGGCCUCCAAAUACGAAAUGACCCAGUUCCACACCGAUGAAUACAUCGAUUUCCUUUCCAAGGUGACCCCGGAUAAUAUGGACUCCUUUGCCAAAGAACAGAGCAAGUACAAUGUCGGUGACGACUGCCCUGUCUUCGACGGGCUCUUUGAAUUCUGCGGUAUCAGCGCGGGAGGUAGUAUGGAGGGUGCGGCACGGUUGAACAGGAACAAAUGCGAUAUCGCGGUCAACUGGGCGGGUGGUCUUCACCACGCCAAGAAGAGCGAAGCUAGUGGUUUCUGCUACGUGAAUGAUAUUGUUCUUGGCAUCUUGGAGCUGCUGCGUUUUAAGCAGCGAGUGCUCUAUGUUGACAUCGAUGUUCAUCAUGGAGACGGUGUCGAGGAAGCGUUCUAUACUACCGAUCGUGUCAUGACAGUCUCUUUCCACAAGUAUGGUGAAUAUUUCCCGGGAACCGGUGAGCUCCGCGAUAUCGGCGUGGGCCAGGGCAAGCACUACGCUGUCAACUUCCCCCUUCGUGACGGUAUCGACGAUACUUCUUACAAGAGCAUUUUCGAGCCUGUUAUCAAGAGCGUGAUGGAAUGGUACCGGCCCGAAGCCGUGGUCCUGCAGUGCGGAGGUGACAGUCUCUCAGGUGAUCGUCUGGGGUGCUUUAACCUCAGCAUGCGCGGCCACGCCAACUGUGUAAACUUUAUCAAGAGCUUCAACCUGCCCACUCUGAUUCUUGGUGGUGGUGGUUACACGAUGCGUAACGUUGCUCGAACCUGGGCGUUUGAGACCGGUAUCCUUGUGGGAGACAGCUUGACCGCGGAGCUUCCCUAUAACGACUACUACGAGUACUUUGCUCCCGACUACGAAUUGGAUGUGCGGCCCUCUAACAUGGACAAUGCCAACACGAAAGAAUACCUCGACAAAAUCCGGACGCAAGUUGUGGAGAAUCUCAAGCGCACCGCCUUUGCGCCUUCCGUGCAAAUGACUGAUGUACCCCGGGAGUCUCUUGUGGACGGCAUGGACGACGAAGCGGAUGCGAUUCUGGAUGAUUUGGACGAAGAUGAGAACAAGGACAAGCGCUACACGAAGCGACGCUUUGACCAGUACAUCGAAAAGCCCGGCGAGCUCAGUGACAGUGAAGAUGAGGAUGAAGCUGCGGCCAAUGGUGUACACCGCAAGCCCCAGUCGAUGAAGCGCAGAAACCAGGUUAACUAUCGGAAUCUGGACGUUGCUGAUUCGGGCCCGGAGAGCGGCAUGGCCACCCCUGUCGACGCCUCCUCAAUCCCCGACGACGACAUGGACCUGACCGCCGAUACGAAGAUGACGGAAGCUCCGGAGCCGUUGACUGGGGCACAGGCUUCGCCCGCGGCCGCUGACCUGCCGGCCAGAGCUGAGGCGGCAUCGGGUGCAGAUGCCAUGGAACUGGCACAUGAUGGACUCGGGGAUCAGGCUGCUCCCUCUGCGCCCAUCUCUCGCCAACCGUCCCCCAAACCCCAGGAUGAAGAUACGACAAUGGAGGACGCGGGAGACGAGGCGCCUGGGCCGGAGCAGGCUGAGAGCGCACCCGCCGUCGCCCAAGCAGAGAACAAGGGCGAGGAGAAGAAGCCUAGCGCAGAGACUUCUGCCCUCGAGAACACCGCACCUGAGGGCUCAUCAGCGCCUGCCAAGAGCCAGUCACCCUCGACAGAGACGACCCAGCAACCCGAGACCACCGAGGUCGAAGACGCUAAGUCAGCGGCUGCGUCAGCCGAAGCCAGCGAACCGAAGGAAAAGAGCCCCGAGGCUCCAAAGGGCGACUCGACUGUUCCUAAGGCCGAGUCGGAGACGAGUGACGGAGCCAAGGAGGCCACGAAGACAACGCAGCCUGACGAGCCCACGAAGAGUGAGGACUAACGAGGCUCCUGUAAUCUCGGGGGUUGCUGGCGCAAGGGACGGGCAGUAAUGGUGUUUCUGGUUGCGAUCUUCUGCAUGGGAAUUAAUUCCGACAUAUAUCUCUGGUCUGAUUUUUGCUUCUGUUUUUUCACUCUUUUUUAGAUGUAUGUACUAGGCGAAUGCAUGAUGAUAUAGGAUGUUC